CAUAGUGUGUGCGAGAGGCGAGAACAGCCGAAAUGGAGGAGAGUCAAACAUCGGAAAGUGUCGCCGUGCUACCGGACAUGUCCGAACCGUUGACGAGCGAAACCGAGGAGGCGUCCUCCCUAACGACCGAGCACGAGGCGCAUCCCGUCGCCGUGACGGCGAGCGUCACUUCGGUACCGGGUGUUCCUGGUGUUCCAGGAGUUGGCGUACCGGUUUCUUUGCCUGUUGGUUCUAUCAUCGGUGUAGCGAACUCGUCCAAUGGUACGACCUUCAACGUCAUCACCUCGGACCAGUUGCAACUACCUGGUUCGGGGCAGUUUAAGCAGAUGCUAUGUGUAGAUAAUGGUUUUAUUUGUGAACCUCAUCAUGACAAGGAUACAGAUCCUUUACGUUGGAAUGGAGAACUAAAGGCAACACAUAUAGUAAUACAAAAUAGUACAGAGGAACAUGAAUCUGAACAAAUACACGUUUCUACUCCUAGUGCACAACAAAUAUGCAGUUGGUCAGAAUCUGCUAAUUUAGCAGUAUUGCCAGUUAGAUGCAAAAAUACAAAUGCAGAAUUGCAUAAAAGUAGAUUUGGAUCUGGAGCUAGAGGAAGGUGUAUAAAACUUGGACAAGAUUGGUAUACACCAAGUGAAUUUGAAGCACUUUGCGGUAGAGCAUCUAGCAAAGAUUGGAAACGCAGUAUUCGAUUUGGUGGUAGAAGUUUACAAACAUUGAUCGAUGAGCAAAUUUUAAAACCACAUGCUACCUCUUGUACUUGUGCAGCAUGUUGUGACGACGACAGUGCAACGGGUCCUGUCCGACUUUUUACACCAUAUAAACGUAGGAAACGAGCUAGAGAUGCGUCUGAUGGAGAUACACCAUCGCGUAAACAUAAAAGUGAUAAUUCACGAGAUGGUAGUAAUAAUGAUGAAAGCGACGGUGAAGUCGUUGUACCUGAUAAAGAAGUAUGGCCACAGUUCGUUUCGGCAGAUGGUUUAGUUGUACAACAAUCACAAGAACAGGAUGGUGUUGUACAAACUGUACACCAAACUGAAAAUGGACAAAGCGAAGAUAUAUUUAAAAGACUUACCGAAAUGUCUAAUGAAAUAUUAAAAUUAGUUCAUGAGUUUAAACGAACUUUAAAAGAAGCUAAGGAAAUGAAUAGACGACAAAGACGAGAGCAAGCGUUGGUAGCUCAAUUAGGAGGUAGGGGAGAUGUUAUUGAAACUGUUGGAUUGCAACCAGCAUCAGAUACACAUAACAAAAAGUGUGCUAAUUGUAAUAGAGAAGCAUUUGCAGAAUGUUCUUUAUGUAGACGCACACCCUAUUGUUCUACAUUUUGUCAACGAAAAGAUUGGGCAAGUCACCAAGUAGAAUGUGUAAGAGGUGCUGCUGAAACAGUAAUGCUUAUAGUAGAAAGUAGUAGUGGAGAUACUAGUACUCUUGCAACGACUACUGGGGACCAAUAGCUAGUGUUCCUCACACCCAUUCACCAAAGGAAUAUGGAAACUGAACAAAUUAAUGUGGAAACUUCAAAAUUAAAAGCAGAGACGAAGACUUAACAAAUUUAUUUGAUGAUUGAAAAAUCAAAAAGUUCUGUAUAUAUGCUAGUAAAUAUUUUGUAUGUACAUAAGUUAAAUUGUAAUCACAUUGAUACAUAUAUUUACGCAAAAGUUGAAAUUUCUAAAGAUCAUGACUAGAAAUCAUACAGAACAUUAAUGAAAAAGUAAAUAUCAUAUACCAAAUAAAAAUGCGUGGAAUGCUUUUAUAAACACAUGUGUGCAUGUAUACACAUAUAUACCUAUUUCACACUUUUUACAUCCUUAAAAUAUAUGUGUGUAUACAUAUGUUUAUGUAUUACACAUAAUAAAUAAAUAGUUCUAUGAAUAAUCUUUUUGUUUAAUAAAAAUCUAA